AUGUCUCUUCCUAAUCCAAACACUCCAUUGGCAUACCUGACGCCCACCCUUGCCAACCAGUUCGAAGUCUCCAGGUAUAUAUAUGCUGUGACUCUCGGGGCUUAUAUCUGGGACAUUGUCAUCAACCUAAGCAACGACUAUAAGUUACUUUUCCGCCUUAAAGUGAAUUUGCCAACCGUGGUUUACUAUCUGUCGAGGGUGUUCACUCUCAGUUAUAUCCUGACCAGUUUCAUCUUCCAAGUUGCCAGUGUCCCGAAUUGCCAGGCUCUCCAAAUUUCUUUGGGGAUCUGCAUGGCACUAGCUCAGUCUACCACAGCUAUGCUCUUUCUUCUUAGGGUAUAUGCGGUAUGGUACGGGAGCAAAAUCGUUCGUGGAGUGUUUAUUUUCUUGUGGGUUGCGGUUGUAAUAGCCUCUGCCACCGUCCCAUUCGGCAUCGAAGGCGUUCACAUUGGACCAACUCAGCAAUGCAUCAACUCACAAGUUGCAGGCUACAUAGAGUCCACGCUGAUAAUGGGACUUAUCAAUGAUAGUGCUGUUGUAGCGGCUAUCUCGUAUCGUAUUGUGAGGAAUUGUGCCGCUGGAGAUUCAUUUGAAGUUCGCUUGCGAACGUUCAUGGGCAGCGGGUCCAUCCCACAACUUUCUAAGGCCCUACUGCAAGGUGGUCAACAUUACUACCUGAUUGCUGUUGCUAGUAACAUCGUCAUGCUCGUACUUCUGAAGGAUCCAAGUGUGCCAGCCGUGUACCAUGGCAUGUGUAGCAUUCCAGCCGUAGCUCUCAUCAACGCGAUGGCGUGCAUCGUGUUUCGGGACAUCAAAUUCGGACGCAUUUCUGCAGAUGGCACCACCCGUUUUCCUUCCACAGAUCUGUCACACACGUUCCUUAACAAACCAUCUGCAAGCCGUUCUCUUCCCCUUCAUGUUCGCAGCGCCUAUUCUCAAGAUGGUGAGUCUUACACCAAGAAUACCAAUACCGCGGACAAGGCCGCACAGGACGCAGAGUUGAACGCAGAAUACGAGCGGGAUCAUGAUGAUUCCUCCAUCCCGAAAGUGGUCUAG